GGCGGGGCGGGGAGGGGCGGGGCUAGGCUCGGCGAGGCGGGGAAGGGUGGGUGGAGCCAGGCUUGGCGGGCUGUGCGUGCUCGCGGUGGGCGGUGGCGGCGGCUGCCUAGCGAAGGUUCGAGAUCCGUCGCGUGCGGGAGGCGGGCCGCGAUCUUGCGCAGGGUCGGUGUGGGCGCAGGCUGCGGCGCCGCGACUCGUGCGGGUAGGCGUCUGCGCUCGGUUUGAGGGCUCGGCGCGGCGUUUCCUGUUCCUUCCUCUGCGCGGCUGCAGCUCGGGACUUCGGCCUGACCCAGCCCCCAUGGCUUCAGAAGAGCUACAGAAAGAUCUAGAAGAGGUAAAGGUGUUGCUGGAAAAGGCUACUAGGAAAAGAGUACGUGAUGCCCUUACAGCUGAAAAAUCCAAGAUUGAGACAGAAAUCAAGAACAAGAUGCAACAGAAAUCACAGAAGAAAGCAGAACUUCUUGAUAAUGAAAAACCAGCUGCUGUGGUUGCUCCCAUUACAACGGGCUAUACGGUGAAAAUCAGUAAUUAUGGAUGGGAUCAGUCAGAUAAGUUUGUGAAAAUCUACAUUACCUUAACUGGAGUUCAUCAAGUUCCCACUGAGAAUGUGCAGGUGCAUUUCACAGAGAGGUCAUUUGAUCUUUUGGUAAAGAAUCUAAAUGGGAAGAGUUACUCCAUGAUUGUGAACAAUCUCUUGAAACCCAUCUCUGUGGAAGGCAGUUCAAAAAAAGUCAAGACUGAUACAGUUCUUAUAUUGUGUAGAAAGAAAGUGGAAAACACAAGGUGGGAUUACCUGACCCAGGUUGAAAAGGAGUGCAAAGAAAAAGAGAAGCCCUCCUAUGACACUGAAACAGAUCCUAGUGAGGGAUUGAUGAAUGUUCUAAAGAAAAUUUAUGAAGAUGGAGACGAUGAUAUGAAGCGAACCAUUAAUAAAGCCUGGGUGGAAUCAAGAGAGAAGCAAGCCAAAGGAGACACGGAAUUUUGAGACUUUAAAGUCGUUUUGGGAACUGUGAUGUGAUGUGGAAAUACUGAUGUUUCCAGUAAGGGAAUAUUGGUGAGCUGCAUAUAUAAAUUUGACAGAUAGCUAUUUACAUAGCCUUCUAAGUAAAGGCAAUGAAUUCUCCAUUUCCUACUGGAGGAUUUAUUUAAAUAAAAUAUGCUUAUUAAACACUCCUGCAAAGAUGGUUUUAUUAGUACCCUGGUCAUUUUGUUCAAGGAAGGGUUAUAUUGCAUUCUCAUGUGAAAUAUAAAAAGCAAGUCUUGCCCAAUGAAAACGCUACAUUGUGUGUAUUUUUUGUUCAGCUAAGAAUUGGAAAAGUAUUUGCUUGCCUUUAAGUUACUGACAUCAGCUUCCACCAGUGUAAAAAUUGAGUAAAACCUGAAGUUUUGCAUAAAAUGCAAAUCGGUGCCUGUGCUUGAAGGUUGCUAUAGAGCAUCUGACCCCUUAUUACCACCUUAAGCAAUGUAUAUGCCAUGCAUUACCAUGCACUAAUUCAAUCACAGGUGUUUCUAUCUAGAUUUAAAUAUAUUUGUCAGUGAAUGUGGAAUAGAAAAUCUAAACAUAACAAUAAUAGACAUAUCUUUGUAUGGUACCAGUUAGUUUUGCCGUGGAUCAGAUGGUUUAUAAAAGUAAUAACCAUAAAGCAAAAAAUAAUUUGAAAGCCCGUCUAUUCCUAUGCUCAAUAAAGUUAAGUUUUUCUUCAUUAGAA